ACAUGUGAUCAAGGAUAGACCAUUAGCUGCCUUAGAAGGUACCUAAGGCCCCUAAGGGGGCAGCCAAGGGUCGGGGCUUCGAGACACUGACUUCACCUCACCUCUACCACACCUCCAUUCUUCUUAUCCACAUCCAGCCCAUCCACCCGUCCCGACCGUCUCAACAACACACCUCCAUUGAUUCCCGAACCCACAUCCUCUCAACGCUACCUUCGCCAGCUUAUACUCCCGAGAGGUCCGACUAAACCGCCGAUCAGCCAGACAGCGACAAGACUACGCCACCUACUCAACCACCACCCAUUCAUUCUAUCCAAGCUCCCGCCUUCUCGAUUCUUAGAGCUGCCUCGUCAGCUCCCUUGCCGCCAUCAUGAAGCUGUUUUACAUUGGAAUCAUCCAGAACGAGACCAAGCCCGGCGUCGAGCUUUGCGCCGAGAAGGAGCUCUCUGCCUACUCGCGCUUCACCCGUGGAAGCUAUGAGGAGUUCAUGACCAUGUUCGCGAAGACGGUGGCGGAGCGGACGAGGCCGGGGCAGAGACAAGAUGUCGAACAACAAGACUAUACAUUCCAUGCGUACGGUCGAACGGAGGGCGUCUGCGGCAUCAUCAUAUCGGACCAGGAGUACCCGGCGUUGGUGGCGCACCAGCUUCUGUCUAAGGUCGUGGACGAGUUCUUAUCUGCGCAUCCGCGCUCCUCCUGGUCCUCCGGCCAGCCCGUCACCAUGCCCGAGCUCCGCGGCUAUCUCGAAAAGUACCAAGACCCCCACCAGGCCGACUCCAUCAUGAAGAUUCAGCGCGAGCUCGACGAGACCAAGAUCACCCUCCACAAGACGAUCGAGAGCGUCCUCCAGCGCGGCGAGAAGAUCGACGACCUCGUCGCCAAGAGCGACGGCCUCAGCAAUCAGAGCAAGAUGUUCUAUCAGCAAGCCAAGAAGCAAAACUCCUGCUGUGUCCUCAUGUAGAUUCUCCUUUGCGUUGCUACCUAUGCGUAGCGGCCGUUAAAUGUUCGUUAGAAUGUGUCUCUACCUCAGCACGACGACACGAGAGCCUUUAGGUUGGUUAUGUGGACGGUUAUUUUCAUUUCGUCUAUCUAUGCUCACGAGCAAAUACGAUUCACCCGGAUACGUAUGGGGGAGGAGCAAGCGGCGGAGGGGUUGAGACUCAUUCGUUGGCAGAUCGUGCAAAGGGCAUUCCCGUGUACUAAGGGAGGGGCGUGGUGAGUUGGAACUGGGACGCCACGCAGACAUGGCUACAUAUAGAAGACCCGAACAAGCCGGCAGGCAUGCAGAUGGGCAUGCAUAAUGCAGUAUGAGACGGUCAGACGCCCAUAUCAACGACAACGAAGUUGCUGAAACCUGGCAUGGUAUGAGGGGAAGAGAUGGCUGUAUUGUGGACCACUCAGGCCUAGAUUCAAACUCGGCUAUGACAAAUAAACCCUGUAGAUCUUGU